CUCCAGUGCUGUUAAGCGCUUGUAUGUGCCUCUCAGUCUGUGUGUACAUUCAGGAAAAUGGCAGAAGGCAGAAUUUCAGUGGCUGAGGAUGAGUUCAGCUGUUCAGUUUGUCUGGAUCUGCUGAAGAAUCCAGUGACCAUCCCCUGUGGACACAGUUACUGUAUGAACUGUAUUACGCUCCACUGGAAUCAGCAAGAUGGCAUGGCCGUGUACAGCUGUCCGCUGUGCAAACGGACCUUCACUUCAAGACCUGCUUUAAACAUGAAUGUGGUGUUUAAUAAGAUGGUGGAGAAACUGAGGAAGACAAGAAUUUCUCCCAGUUAUGCUGGACCUGGAGAUGUGGAGUGUGACAUCUGCACUGGCAGAAAACACAAAGCUGUGAAGUCCUGUCUGGUGUGUCUUGAGUCUUACUGUCAAACUCAUUUUGACAGACACGAGGUUUUUCGCUCGGGUAAACAUCACAGAGUUAUUGAUGCUACUGGACGGCUACAGGAGAUGAUCUGCUCUAAACAUGGUCAACUACUAGAAUUCUACUGUCGUACUGACCAGCGAUGCAUCUGCCAUCUGUGUUCUAUGGAUGAACAUAAAAAUCACAACACUGUGACAGCUAUAGUCGCGAGAACAGAGAAACAGAGUAAAUUGGAGGAGCUGCAGAGUGAUAUUCUGCAGAGAUUGCAGGAGAGGGAGAAGCUGCUUGCUGAGAAGAAAGAGUUUAUACAAAAUUUCAAGCGCUCUGCACAAAAUUUGGAGGAAGAUGGUGAGAAGAUCUUUACUGAGCUGAUCCACUUUUUAGAGGAAAGCCGAUCUCGCUGGACAAAAAGCAUUAGAAAUUAUGAUGUAGCACCACAUUAUUUACAAACAACUUUGAAAGGAAUAGAGAGUGGAAUUGAUGAUCUAAAGACAGGCUACAUUGAGCUGCAGAAGCUUUCACUCACCAAGGAUCACAUCCAAUUCCUACAGGGUUGCCGGUCCUUCUGUUCACCUCUUCCUUAUACGGAUGGAGAAAAUAAAAUCAGAUCUGAAAUUACUCUUGAUGAAGCAGGACAAUUGCUCUCUCAACUAAAAGAGCAACUGGUAGAGUGGAAAAAUGAGGUGGAAAAGAUAUUGGAUAGAGCGACACCUUUCCCGGAGAUGUUAUACUGUACGGCAUCCUUUGACCCUGUCAGCCGGUCUCCUUCUCCAGGUUUUUAAAGUCAAAUGCAACUGAACUGAAAUUUCAUACAGUAUAUCACUUUAAUCAUAGUAUGUGAGUUGGAC